GGAAGAAUGUUUAUGCAUCAAAGAGACAAGCUUCCAUUUCAACAUGAUGAACAUGAUCGACACGUUUUCAAAGAUCAACAACUAAAUUAUUUAGCAUCCGUCAUCCAAAAAAGGAACCCUGUGGAUGAGGAUCCACCAAAUCCACCGCAACGACUUAAAUUUUUGCAGGAAUUUCCUGUUUCAUCAUCAAACGGGUAUCUUGACGAUAUAAAAUAUACAAAAGGAAGCCACGAUUCACCCAAAUAUAUUAAAACCUUUCAUACCGAAAGGUAUGAUUACAAACAGAACAGUGAUUCACACGAAUUGGAAAAUAUCAUUUCAGAAAAGAAUUUGCAAGAUUCUAAAACAGUAUCCCAAAAAUAUCGUGCACCGCAACCAACCAAUAUGCAUUCGUUACGAAUUCCUGAAGCAACCGAAUCUCAUUAUAAUGACGAAGAAUUACAGAAUAUGAAAGAUUUACGUAAAGAACUACAGCGAAAAUAUCGAUCUGGAUCUGGACAGGAUAAGCCAGGAGCAGAAAAGGUACGCGAAACUGCAUCCCAACUGAUCCUACAGUGGGCGGAAAAUCAGCGCAGUUUAUUAGAUUCCUUCGUAAAGGCGAUCACCGAUGUAUUGAAAGGUCAUGAUCCUAAUACCAAUAGAAAUAUGACCCCUCGAGAUAUAAUACUUUUAAAAGAUAUGCUUACGCAAUUACUUGAAUUAGUAAUUCAAUUGAGGGAAGGUAGCACCAGCAUACGUACUAAGACAGUAUUAAAGAAGUGGAUAGAGACCCAAAAAUCACUAAUUGAUUCAUUUUCGCAAGCUAUUCAAAAUACAAAUCAAAAUGUGGACAACAGUGCCAAUGUAAAUGAGGUCAUGGAGAAUUUGAAUAAAAACCUGGAGGAACUGGUGAUUUUGUUAAACGAUAAGGAAAGUUUCUCAGCAACAGAAAGUAGUAGUUCCCAACAAACAACUAGUUCUUAUUCAGCCACUACUUUCUAUCCAACAUCAAGCACUUUUGGCUCAACUCAUCCUGUUGUAGAAGAAAAUAUCAAUCAAAUUAAUAUAAUGGGAAAUUUGAUAAAGGGACUAAGAAAUAUUAUAUUUCAAAUGGAUAAAACAAGUAAAACAUCAAGUUCUACUUCUUAUACCACAACGGUAAGCACCUUUACUCAUCCGAGUACAUCCACUUAUUUGAACGCGGAAGUCACUACUUCUUAUCCAACUACAAGCACCUAUGAAGUUACAAAUCUAAUAACAGAUGAAAGUAAAUUUAAGGACAUGUUUAAUUUGAUUAAAGGUAUAGAAGAGCUGAUCAGUCAAUAUAAUGGCAAACAUAAAUUUACAAGUACCACCAGAGAGCCAACGACGACCACUCAUUCCUCAGCUGGUGAUAUUACCUCCCAUCCCUUUAUAACCACUACGCCGAAAACAGUGACUAUUAAUUCCCAAUCAUCUACUUCUAGUCAUUCAACAACUGAGAGUUCGCCUAGUCAUCCAACAACAAACAACUAUGAAGUCACUACUCAUGUUGUUAAUCAGGAUAACCAUAAAUUUAAGGUUAUGGAAAAUUUGAUCAAAGAACUUAAAGGAUUGAUCAAUCAAUUCAGUGACACAAAAAAUAUUACGAGUACCACCCAUUCAACAGGAGACAGCAAAAGUUUCCAGUCACCAGCUACCACAUCAUCAACAGAAGGAUCUUCUUCCCAUCCAGUUUCAUCCACCAAGUCGACAACAUCGACGACGAACUCGCAAUCAACUAUUUCUUAUCAUUUGCCAACAGAGAGUACGAGUUCUCAGCUUAAUACUACUCUUUCAACAACAGGAACCACUACUCCCUAUCUAACUACAAACACAGAUGACUUUAAAGACCAGAUUAAUGGCGAUGAUUCUAAAAGUCUGAAACAUUUAAUUAAGAUACUUUCAGACCUGGUCUAUUCAUUAAAUGAUAAAAAUAAUAUAAAAAGUACCAGCCAGUUAACAACAGAGAGCACAUUUAAUAGUUCAAUUAUUACCACCAACUCAACUACUAUUGCCUCAUCAACUUUUUCAACAACAGAGAGUACAGCCAUCCAUUCAAAUAAUACACAAAUAUCGGACACCACACGGUUAACUGAAGAGAACACAUCUUCUCAAUUCACCGCAACCAAUACAAGAAUAAUGAUCACUGAUUCCCAAUCUACUACUCCUUACCUUUCAACAACAGAAAGCUCGGUUUCCCAAUUUACCGAUGAGAAAAAUAUAAAUAGUAGUACACAAAUCACGGGAGAGAACACUAAUCCAAUUAUAUUCAACAAUUCAACAACUAUGGCCCCUAAUAUUCAUUUUACUACGUAUAUAAAGUCAACAACAGAAAACCCAGCAUCCCAUCUUAACCUUUCAACAACAGAGGGUUCCCCAACCAUAUCUCACUCAAUUACCCCUAGCCAAACAAGUUCGCUUAGUUCAUAUAAAGACAAAAUCAAAAACAUUGUUGAACUUUUAAAAAAAUUACGUAAAAUCCAGAAGUCUUUAGCCGACAAGUCGAAGGGGCAACUUUCACCAACGCUCAUAUCGAGAGUAAAAGCCGUACUAAAGCAAAUCGUCGCGGGCAAUAUUGAUUCAGUAAACGGCGAUUCAGCUGAGUUAGAAAUUCUUCUUUCCACAACAGUCAAUCCCAAUGAAGAUACUACCGACUUGACGAUGGAAAAAUUGUUAAAGCUAUUCGAUGAUUUUGAAAUGUUGUACAACGUAUUGUUGGAUGGUAGUACUACGCAAUCCACAACACAGAACAACACAAUUUUUUCAACGACAUACAGUACAAUUUUUUCUACCACCCAAACCAUAUCAACAACUUCACCAACACAGAAUGCCCUAACAAGUUCCAAACCAAAUACUUCAACAACAGAACACUCUUCUACUAAUAAUUUAAGGAGUGAUGUAUCAAAUAAUCUUCAGCCAAUUGUAGACGCAAUUCAGCAAUUAAAGAUGGCAUUAUAUCAUGACUUCUAUGCUUUUAAAAAAUCUCAAGAGGAAAGAAUGGAAAAAAUUCUUAUACUUCUUAGUGGCAAACCAAUAGAUCGGCGGACAAAACCUAUUGCUAAGCCGAGAACCAUACGAAAGGAAGGAAGCCGGGAAAUACAAAAAAGAAACGGCGAUAUAAAAGAGCAGAAAAUUAGACACCACAACGAAGACAAAUUUAUUAAAAACCGAAAAAAUGUAAAUCAAUAUAGACACAUCCCUAAAUCGAUUUUAAAUUCUGCAAGAUCGAAAAUUAAUAAGUUCCCAAUAAAACUAUCUGAUAUUAAAGUAAAUGGAGGACUAAAACAGUUGCCUUCCAAACGUAAAACUAAUGAAGAAGUUUCUGCAAUGCAUGAGAGUUUCCCGGAACCUUUACCAAUACUGCCACAUAAGUAA